UAUUUAAUUUUCAAUCCACUGAUGGCAAGCAAGUAUUGGAUUAAGUUGCUUGCUAAUUACGUGUUACAAUAGUUUUUCUUCACUAUUAUCCACCCAAUGCUGCUUUCGUAAAUAUAAUGGUCCUUUAAUUCAAAGUUAUGUCUGCCUCCUGUAACCCUGUUUUGACAUUUUAAUGGAUUGUCUAAGUUCCUGAAACUUAUCGUGUGGGACAUGCGUAUUUAAUUUUGUAUUGUUAUUUGUAAGUGUUGUUUGUGAAGUGGUGAGGAAGGUGUGUUUUUCUUCUGUAAAGUACAUGGACCCAAACAAAUAAAACCAUUUUGCUUCGUUUUAUUUGAUAUAUUGUGAGCAGUACCCUUCCCACCUAAAUAAGUUAGCCUAACUUUUAUAGACAAAUAAGCAAUUGUUGACCAUUUUUGAAUGAAAUCCCCAGUAUAGCAUAAUGCUUCCCAAACUAUACACUUAUUUGGCAAUUUUUUCACAACUUUUUCUAGUCUAUGGAACAAUUCACAAGAACCUCAAGUACUUCCAGAUUAUAACUCCUGCUGAUCUUACCCAUAAGAUAGUGAAGAGGGGGCUGCAGGAAAGCAAUCACCCUUACAACAAAAUUAAAGAAGUUCACCUAAAUACCCAUGGACAGAAUUUUCGUCUCAUCUUGUCUCCUAAAAGGGGAAUCUUACAUUCGAAAUUUAAAGCUUAUUCUGUGAAUGCUGAUGGAGAAGAAACUCACGUACCUAUAGAUCAUGACAGCUUUUUUGAGGGAAGAGUCUUUGGUGAAACUGACUCCCAUGUGAAUAUGCAUAUUGAUGAGGAAGGAGUCCUGACAGGAAAUAUCCACAUGCCUGAUGAUAUUUACCAUAUAGAGCCUUCAUGGCGUCAUAUACCAGAACAUGACAAUAAAACCAUGAUUACGUACAAGCAGUCUGACAUUAAAUUUAGCUGGGAUCCUGAUAAUUUGCCAUCUGAUUUUCCAACACCAAGAACAUGUGCUUAUGUGAAAGAGGGAGCUGAAUUAGAGGAGAAUGAAACGUCAACCCAUAACAUUCGAAAAAGGCAGCUUUUGGACCCUUAUGACAUGUACAAGUUUACCAAAACUAGAUGUCCAUUAUUGCUGGUGGCUGAUUACCGUUUCUUCCAAGAAAUGGGAGGAAGUAACACAAAGACUACAAUUAAUUAUUUGAUAAGCCUAAUUGAUAGGGUUCACAAGAUUUACAAUGACACCAAUUGGCAGGAGAGACAAGAAAUAGAUGGAUUUAAGGGAAUGGGUUUUGUUAUUAAGAAGAUUGUUGUUCAUAAUGAGCCUACGCGUCCCAAGACAGAGGCCCACUAUAACAUGUUUAGAGACAAAUGGGACGUUAGAAAUUUACUUGAGGCUUUUUCUAGAGCUCCACAGGAUAAGCAAUACUGCCUAGCACAUUUAUUUACGCACCAAACUUUCAAAACUCGAAACUCUGUAGUGUUAGGACUCGCUUACAUUGCGUCGCCCCGGCCAAGGUCCCAAGGCGGAAUCUGCAGCAAUGAAUACUUUAAAAAUGGAUACACUUUGUACCUGAAUUCGGGGUUGAGUUCGAGCAGAAACCAUUAUGGCCAGAGGGUGAUCACUCGUGAGGCUGAUUUAGUAACAGCUCAUGAGUUUGGUCACAACUGGGGCUCAGAACACGACCCUGAUAUUCCUGAGUGUUCACCUAGCGCUAGUCAGGGUGGAUCUUACUUGAUGUAUACCUACAGUGUUAGUGGGUAUGAUGUUAACAAUAAGAGAUUCUCCCCAUGUAGUCUUAGAUCUAUAAGAAAAGUAUUACAAGCAAAAUCUGACAAAUGUUUCUCCGAACCUGAAGAAAGCUUCUGCGGUAACCUUCGUGUUGAAGGUGAUGAAGAAUGUGACGCUGGACUUUUAGGAACUGAGGAUAACGAUCCUUGUUGUGAUAAGGAUUGUAAAUUACGUAUCAAAGCUAUGUGCAGUGACAAAAAUUCUCCAUGUUGCCAAAACUGUCAGUAUAUGCGUAACGGGUUAAAAUGCCGCGAGGCACAAUACGCGACUUGCGAGGAAGAAUCCAAGUGUACCGGACAUUCAUCUGAGUGUCCGAAGAGUCCACCAAUGGCUGAUAAUACUGAUUGUCAAGAACGGGGUAAAUGUAGAAAUGGAAAGUGUGUUCCUUUCUGUGAAACCCAAGGAAUGCAGAGCUGUAUGUGUGAUGUCAUUGAAAAUGCUUGUAAGAGAUGCUGCAGAUCUAGUAUUAAUGAGACUUGUUCCCCAGUUGACUCAGCUGACCUAUUGGCUGAUGGUACCCCUUGUAUACAAGGAUUCUGCAAUAAUGGACUAUGUGAAAAGACAGUGCAAGAUGUUGUAGAACGCUUCUGGGACAUUAUAGAGGAUAUUAAUAUAAACAAAGUUAUGUUAUUCCUUAGAGACAAUAUUGUUGGGACAGUAGUACUCUCUACAGCAGUAGUUUGGAUUCCUGCAAGUUGUAUAAUUGGUUUUGUUGAUAGAAGACGUCGUAGGCGAGAAUUAAAACGAAAAAAAUUCAGACAGAGUGGCCAGCUGAUUGAUAGCUCAGACAAAGAUAGAAAGAAAAAAGUGUAUAAAAUACGAGUUCAGAAUGCCCGGAACAAUACUGAAAAAACAUCAGAAGAAUCAUCACCGUCGAAGCAUGUCAGCUCUCCCAAAGAUGACUCGCCUGCAAAACAGCAUGAAACUCCAUCACCAAGGAGAAACGAAUCACCGAGGAGGCAUGAGUGUCCUGCUCAGCACGAGUCCCCUUCCAAGUCGUCAGAUUAGUCAUUCCAUGUGAUAGUCAAACUUUGUGAUAUUAAUUUGGUUACCUUUAAUUAUUUAUUAAUAUUUCAGUGUUGUAUUUUAUUUUAAUGUUCCGUUGUAUUAUACUUGUGAUUUUUAUGUUUAUGACAUUAAGGUUAACAAUAAAGUACUUACCUUAUUUUAA